AUGGAGGAUUUUCCUAAUGCUUCCGCGUGUUUCCAACGACUCAAGAUUCUAUCUGAUCAACUCAAGAACGUCGGUGCUCCAGUCUCCAACAACUGUCUCGUCCUUCAAAUGGUAGUCGGACUCACUAACGCCUAUGAGGGGGUGGGUACACUCAUCCGUCAAAGCAAUCCUCUUCCUCUCUUCUAUCAAGCCCGUUCCAUGCUCAUUCUUGAAGAAACAGGCUUCACCAAACAGCUUGCCACGGGAUUCGCUAAUGCCAUGAUUGCUCGAGAUUACGACGAUAAUCCCUCUUCUGGAAAUAACCACCCAAACCGUAAGAAUAACAGUGGUAAAAAACAUCAAAACCGCAACAACAAUGGUGGAAAGAACCGUGGCAGAGGCGGUGGCAAUAGGGGCAGCAAUAACCGAAACAUUGGUGGUUUCGGUGGUAGACGCGGCAGCUAG